AAUUCUCGGUUGUUUGUUACGAGGAAAAACACCUAAGGAAGAAAAAAAAAGAAAAAAAAAGAUAUAUGUCGGGGGAUUCCGCCGCCGCCGCUGAUAACGAGAUCACGAAGUUUGGAGACUCGACUGAGUUUUCUCCACCACUGAAGAAGCCAAAGACGGAUCCAGUGGGGAAGGCAGAGGCAGAGGCAGAGGAAAAGGUAGAGCCAGCGGGAGAGGAUGAUCCACUAGGAAGACCGCCUUUCCUCCCAAUAGAUUGCGAUGAUCCGAAAUAUAAGGAACAGGCUGAUCUUUUCAUGGAACAAGUUGAUAAGUACGAGGGUUUUUAUAUGGACUUGGAUAAAUUUGACUACAAAUUUGCUCCCGUCAAAUUUGAAUGGGGAAAUAAGUUCGAUGUUAGACUCAGCAAUAAAGACUUGAUGGAUCUUCUCAUCAAGACGGCUAUCGAGGCAAAAAACGAAGAUUAUGGAACACAACUUGAGUUUGUCGAGUACGUCAGUUGCAAUGUAACAGCCGCCCAAGGUUUUUGCUUUUACAUAACAUUGUGGGCUAAAGAUCCCUCCUCGCCAAAUCCGGAGCCUAAACUUUACCAAACAUUAGUGCGCAAGUUCCGUGGUGACUUACAUGUUCAUGAGUUCAAGCUUAAGCCAUCACAACAAGAAUGAUUCAUAUAUCUCUUUGAUGAGGUCGGUCACUCCUACUCCAAGUGCCAAGACAAUCUCCAACAUUAUUCUUGUUAAAUAAGUUUGUUUUCUUGUCUUGUUAAUAUGUAAACGGGUUCAGACUUUUUAUGUAUCUUGUCUUUCUAGUUUGAACGCUUAUUUUUAACUUGUAUGAAAAACCACAAUCAUGGUCGUGACU